AUGAUCAUGCAGGGCCAGGAGAACUUGCGUCGUCUCUUCAAACAAAAUGCGAGACCGCUGGGGGCUUAUUGGUCGUAUGCCAUAGAUACCCGAAUUCAAUUGCCUUUGUGGAUCAAGAGCAGCAAGAUUGCAAAGGCCUUUGUACAUGGACUGGAAGACACCGCUACCAGAGAUAUGAUGGAAAGGAAGCUAUAUGCUGCUGGAUGGUCGUGGGAUGUAUUGGCCGAAUUCAUGCAUAACAAGCUCAAUGAGACGAAGUUCCAAACGGCCAGAUCACCCGUUCGAAUGAAGGCAGGCUCGGGAAAACCUGGGGAGGAUUCAAAGCCUAACACUCCGAUCAAGCACAGGAAGAAGAAAAAGCGAAGAGUGAUACCCAUAAUACCGGCGGACGAAGAUGAUCUUCUUGAAAUGAAUUCAUGA